UCCUGUCCUUCGUCCUUUGCUGCAUGUCUUCUCUCUCCCAUACUUUCCAGUCUUACUCAACAAAAGGAUAAAACCUUUCAUAUCUUAAAAUUAGAAAAAGCGUGUCCCCCAAUGACCUCACAUCCUGUAGUCCACUUCCUCGUCACUGGUUGUGAAUGGUGAGUGGUUGGAGCGGAGCGGGUCUCGCAUGGUCUGCAAGCCGCGUGGAAUAUCAUACUGCACAUCAAUAUUGGGCCCGUGUUGGAUCAUGUUGAUAGAUAUCUGACGGGCGCGGGAAACCAUCAUUCUUGCAAUGCACUGUUUUGCAUGUUCAAGGAAAUAAUUGCCGUGGUUUCUCUGUUGGAAUGGUGACGUCGGAGAUGAAGCUCAUCAACCAGGGCCAGGAGGAUGAGAUGGAGGUGUGGGCGUACCGGCCGUGUGUGUGGAAGAGGGUCCUGGUGGGGUUCGGGGCGGCGGCUUCGGGGGGGCUCCUCCUGCUGCUGCUGUACUGGCUGCCUGAGUGGAGGGUGAAGGCCACCUGCAACGCCUCCCCCCUCAGAGACGCCCGCACCCUGCUGCUGCGGGCCACGGAUGAGUUCAGGCAGUGGUUCCGGGUCACAGUGCACGUGAUGCUGGCCCCGGGAAAGAGGCCCUUUGACGCGGUGCCUCCGUGCGCCGGGGACGGGCUCUCUAACGGAGAAGGGGCCCCCAGCCUGUCCACUGAGCAGGGGGACUGCUGCGGGAUGUUCCCCCACAACCAGCUUGUACCGGUCCAUUUCUUCAGUCACCACAGUAUCAAGUAUUACUGGAGUGAUGACAUACAGAACUUUGAAACGUACAAAGGUUUGGAGGAUAUGAAAGUGAGCUGUGCUGGUAUUCACUCUGAACUCAGCUCAGGUCCCAGUAAGCACUUGCAGGCCUAUAGGAGGUUGUUUUUUGAGGAGAAUGAAAUUGCCGUCAGAGUUCCGUCUUUAUUUGAACUUCUCAUCAAGGAGGUGUUGAAUCCGUUCUACAUCUUCCAGCUCUUCAGUGUGAUUCUGUGGAGCUUUGAUUCUUAUUACUACUACGCUUCGGCCAUAGUCUUCAUGUCUGUGAUAUCCAUAGCCACCUCACUGUAUACUAUCAAGAAGCAAUACGUCAUGCUUCACAACAUGGUGGCGGCCCACAGUGUGGUCCGUGUGACCGUCUGCAGAGGAGAUAAAGAAUUGGAGGAGGCCAUGUCCACAGAGCUGGUCCCUGGUGAUGUCAUCGUCAUCCCAGCCAAUGGGAUGAUCAUGCCUUGCGAUGCUGUGCUAGUGUCAGGAACCAGCAUAGUCAACGAGAGCAUGCUGACAGGUGAGAGUGUGCCCGUCACCAAGACGGCCCUUCCCAGCUCCGGGUCGGAGGGGGCCUCCACCUACAGCACAGAGGAGCACAAGAGAUACACCCUGUUCUGUGGCACCCAGGUCAUACAGAGCCGCUUCUACACCGGCCAGCUGGUCAAGGCUGUGGUGGUCACCACCGGCUUCAACACAGAGAAGGGCCAGCUGGUGCGCUCCAUCCUGUACCCCAAGCCCACGGACUUCAAGCUGUACCGCGACGCCUACCUCUUCCUGCUGUGCCUGGUGGGCGUGGCCAUGAUCGGGUUCAUCUACACCAUCGUGCUCAGCAUCAUCAACCAGGUUCCCGCCAAAACCAUCAUCAUCGAGUCCCUGGACAUCAUCACCAUCACGGUCCCCCCCGCCCUGCCCGCCGCCAUGACGGCGGGCGUGGUCUACGCCCAGCGGCGCCUGAAGCGCCUCGGCAUCUUCUGCAUCAGCCCCCAGAGGAUCAACAUGUGUGGACAGCUCAACCUGGUCUGCUUCGACAAGACGGGGACGCUGACGGAGGACGGCCUGGACCUGUGGGGCGUUCAGAGAGCGGAGCACGGCAGGUUUUCCCCGGCCGAGUUCGACCCGUCGAAGGAGAGCUUGGUGUUCACGCCCUUCGUGGUGUGCAUGGCGUCCUGCCACUCGCUGACCAACAUCAACGGAGAGCUGUCCGGAGACCCCCUGGACCUCAAGAUGUUCAGCGUCACCGGAUGGACCCUAGAGGAGCCCACCGAGGAGGAGACGGCGCUCCAUAACCCCAUCAUGCCCACGGUGGUCCGACCCCCCAAGCACCUGGUGUCUGAGGCCCAGCAGAACUUCACCCUCUCUGAAACCAUGGAGCUGUCUGAGCUUUCGCGCUACGAGGUGGGCAUCGUGCGUCAGUUCCCCUUCUCGUCGGCGCUGCAGAGGAUGAGCGUGGUGGUGCGGCGGCUGGGCGAGAAACACAUGGACUCCUACCUGAAGGGGGCGCCAGAGGUGGUGGCCAAGCUCUGCACGGAGGACUCAGUUCCGGAGAGCUUCGGGGAGACUCUGGAGGCCUACACCAGGAAGGGCUUCAGGGUCAUCGCCCUGGCCCACCGCCAGCUGGAGCCCAAGCUCUCCUGGCACAGGGUGCAGAACCUCAACAGGGACCAGAUAGAGACCAACAUGGACUUCCUGGGGCUGAUCAUCAUGCAGAACAAGCUGAAGUCUGAGUCUGCUGGAGUCCUGCAGGACUUACAGAGAGCUGAUAUCCGCACGUUGAUGGUCACAGGGGACAACAUGCUGACGGCUAUAUCUGUGGCCCGGGACUGUGGGAUGAUCCGUCCUCGGGACAGGGUCAUCAUCGCCGAGGCAACGCCCCCUAAAGAUGUCCAACCAGCCAGCAUCAUGUGGUGCUACACAGAGAACCCAGACCCCGGCACUAGCAAGGACCACCAGCUAGGACCAAGCAAGACCAAGCUCCCUCCACAGGACUCCAGGCUAGAGGAGGGGCUGGGCGGUGGGCUGCUGGACGGAGACGCCCAGGACUUCCACUUUGCCGUGAGCGGCAGAGCCUUCGCCAUCAUCACCGAACACUUCCCCGAGAUAGUGCCCAAGCUUGUGCUGAGAGCGACAGUGUUCGCCCGCAUGGCUCCCGACCAGAAGACCCACCUGGUGGAGGUCCUUCAGAGUGUGGACUACAUCGUUGGAAUGUGUGGCGAUGGGGCUAAUGACUGUGGGGCGUUGAAGAGGGCUCACAGUGGGAUCUCUCUGUCUGAGUUGGAGGCUUCAGUGGCCUCUCCCUUCACCUCCACCACCCCCAACAUCUCCUGUGUCCCAAACCUCAUCAGGGAGGGCCGUGCUGCUCUCAUCACGUCCUUCUGCGUCUUCAAGUUCAUGGCCCUGUACAGCAUCAUCCAGUACGUCAGCGUCACCCUGCUGUACUCGAUCCUCAGCAACCUGGGAGACUUCCAGUUCCUGUUCAUCGACAUCGCCAUCAUCCUGCUCAUCGUCUUCACUAUGAGCCUGAACCCGGCCUGGAGGGAGCUGGUGUCUCAGCGCCCCCCCUCUGGGCUGAUCUCGGGCCCGCUGCUCUUCUCGGUCCUCACCCAGAUCCUCACCUGCCUGGCCUUCCAGGUCCUGGCCUUCCUGCUGGUCCGGCAGCAGGCCUGGUACCACGUCUGGACCCCCCUCUCCAAUGCCUGUAACGUCUCGGCGGGCCCCGGGGGUCCGUCCCACGGGGCCAACGCGACCACGGGGCCCCACGACCACAAGAACAUCCGUAACUACGAGAACACCACGCUGUUCUACGUGUCCACCUUCCAGUACCUGGCCGUGGCCAUCGUCUUCUCCAAGGGGAAGCCCUUCAGGCUGCCCAGCUACAGGAACUGGCAAUUCAUGCUGGCCUGCAUCAGCCUGUACAUCUUCCUCUUCCUCAUCCUGCUGCACCCUCUGCCUGCCAUUGACAGCUUCCUUGAGAUCGUGUGCGUUCCCCAGGACUGGCGCGUGACGCUGGCCAUGAUUAUCAUAGCGAACGCAGCUGUGUCCUUCGUCCUGGAGACCUUAGUGCUGGACAUCCUCCUGUGGAGGCUGGUGUUCAGCCGGGACACACAGGAUGUCAGUCAGGCCACCCGCUCUCCCCCCACAGCGCCCCCACAGUUGGCCAACGACCGCUGGGCCUCUGCCUUCCUAUCCUGGCUCUUCUGCCGCAGACACAGGCCUCCCAAGGCCUGCUACAAGCAACUGUCGCUGGAGCUGCGGGACGAUCCAACAUGGCCGCCGACGCCUUCCGCCGUCACCUUCGCUAACCCCUCCCAACCGGACCUCUCGGAUCCCAUGUGACCCCAUUCGCUGGUGACUCAUGGAUAACAUCCCUCCAUAAUUUGAACCAUGUGUCUCCCGUUUUUAUAGAUUUAUAUCCAGUGUCAAACCAAUGUUUACCCUCGCUGGCUAAUUGACCAACCACAGACUAUAGCCUAGUGCCUUCACAUCAAAAGCCAAGCCAAUUUCCUACUCACGCAACCUCAAACUUUAUCACGCGAGUGCUUCAGCAUCUACGAUUUGUGCCAAAGUUCAAAUAUUCCAACCCAAGUGAACACGUGAAUGAGGCAGAAUGCGUUGUUCGCCCGAGUAGAAUUGUCCUGAAGCGGAAAAAAUAUUCAUGUCUCUGCAUUGACUUUGUAUGAAUAUGCGCCGUGACAAAAAUUCCUUGGCUUUUAGUGUGAACAAACCUUAAUCCAAUACUUGAAUGAAGACCCUGAAUGUGACUAUGCAGUGGACUCUGGUUUACUCUUUAAUUUUGCUAGCAAGCAAGGCCGCACCAGCAUCCAGACAGAACCGUCCAUGUGGUUCAAAAGUCCAGUACGAGAACAUUUCUGUGUAUGUGUGUGUGGGUGUGUGGUAGGAGUGUGUGUGCGUUUGUGUGUUUGUGAGUUAAAUAUACGUCUAUUAAUGUGAACAAACAUGUUGAACUGAAACUACUGACCCUUGGAUUAGCGUUUUUUUCUGAAUGACUUAGUAGUGUGCCGCAGGAUAAAGUCUGAGCACACUGCGCUACGCAGAAUGAAUGCACAGCCAGAAUACAUUUCAAAAUCAUUUGCAACAAAAUACUUUAUUUUAUGUGGCCUUUGGAACAAAGGCCUUGCUCUUAAUCUGUGAAUAACCAUAAUUUCUAAGACUUUUGGAGAGUUACAGGUAGCAUCUCACCGGGCUUGUUCACACUACCUCCGUCCGUCGACCGAUCUCAUUGAUUUUGCAUGGGGCACUCACGAAAUGCAUUGUGGGUUCGUCCGUCCAUUCGGCUUCGUGGCAUUCGUCAAAUAGUUCAGAAAUGUUCAACUUUUCAGGCAGCGCCGGAUCCGUCGGCCAAUCAGAUCGCGGUACACUGCACGCGUUUCCUGGAUCCAUUUUGCAAUAACGAGCAGGAAAAAGCAGGAAAAAUCUGUUCCUUAAAUUUUUUUAAAGAAAUGUGGAAUGAUAGGAUUGUUUUUAUUCACCUGUUGUUUGUGUCAUCUUUUGUAUUUAUAUCCACACAUCGUCUUUGUAGAGCAGGGAUGGGCAACUUUCAUGAUAAAGAGGUCCACAUUUUUCAUCAUAACCACUGGAGGGCCACAUGACUGCACACUUCAACUAAACGUGAGCUGAGAGAAGCUACACAAUUUUGAAUUUGGUAGAUAUGAUUUCCUGUAUUUUGGUGCAUUUUGGGGAUGGCCACUACUUAAAAAAUCAUCCAGAAUCAUAACCUAUGUACGGUAUGUUAAUUGAUCCAACAUACAUUCAUUUCACGUUUUCCAUGCUGAAACAGCCACAUGAAUGGUCAGUAUUUUUAUCAGUGCAAAGGGCUCACAUACAUCAUCAUUCAAUGAAGUCAAAAAACUGAAAAACAGUGGCCCAACAUUAAGUGCAACAACUCAAUGAACUCAAACCCAACAAGCAGUUGUAGUAGUUGUAGUGAAGACUUAAGUGGAUAUCUUUAAUGACUGAUAUCGCUUCUAAGCAAACUAGACGCAUGGGUUUGCCUUCGAAUUCUAUGAAUUCUUCUCAUCUUUCUUGACCGAGUUUUCUGUAACUCGAUCAAUUAUUAUUAUUUUUUUUUAUUAUUAUUUUUUUAUUAUGUGCGGGCCUGACUGAGUGAGGAUGCGGGCCGCACUGAGUGAGGAUGCGGGCCGCCAGUUUCCCAUCCCUGGAGGGAAGCAAUUUGACUGGCUGCAGUAUGCGUCUACAAUGACUAGUCCCCUAUACGUGAGAUACGCCCUCGGUCAUCCGUCGACGGACGCAUGUAGUGUGAACAAGGCGUCAGUGUUCCUUCCCCUCUCCAUACAAGGACAAAACAUUGUUUAAUAAUGAUUAAGAUAAUGAUGGAUAGUAUUUUUAUAACACCUUGAGAUUGUCCCUGCCAAUGAAACAGGCUGUAUAUAUAAACAAUAUAAUAAUAAUAAUAAUUAUUGUUAAUGAAGGGCUCAGAUUUUAAGACCAGGUUUGAUUUUGAUUUAACAUUCCAAUCCAUUCAAUAAAAUCAAGCCUCUAGUGACAUCCUACGGGGGUGUGUCCACCCAGUACCAUGAAUAUAUCAACCGACCAACCCGAUCAGGGUCUACCAACCAACCCCGAUCUGGACUGGACCAACUGGUAGGCUGAUUGAUCGGUCACACCUCGUGGUUAAAUAGGAGCCUUUGAAAACCUAGGGUUGAUGUUUACUUAGAACCUGGCCCAUUUUGUCUAGGUCUAUUUUUCUAUUUGACAUGAUUGUUAAAAAGACUGAAAUCAUUCCAAUCUUUCGUUUUAUAUGUGUUUAUAUGAAGCAAUGGAGAGCAGUCUGAUUGUACUACUUCCCGUGGAAGACACGUGUGUGACGUUGAGAGAGAGCGAGGUAGAGUGUAUGUGUGUAUUUGUGGAAGAACGAUCCAUCUGGAUAAGAUGUGAAUUUAGACAAUAACACAAAGAUAUAUUCUUGAAUAAAACACAUUUUUAAGUUUAUUGAAAUUUUUUUAAUACAAUUUACAAUGUGGCUGAAUGCUGUUUUAAUUAAAGAAGCUGAUUAUC